AAUUCGAAAAUAAGCCCCGAACUCACAUUUCUUAAUUAAAAAAAAUAUAAAUAUAUAAAUAUUUUUUAAAAAUGAUGCAAUCAUCAUUAGGAGGGAACGUCGACGGCGGUUACAGCGAGAAGAGGAAGAAGAAGUACGCCGUGAUAGUCGGCGUCUCCUCUUUCCUCGUCGUGACGAUGUUCAUCGGCACCGCCGUGAUGUCCUCCGGCUCCGGCGGACACGAGCGGGCGAUCAAGGCCGGAAACAAGCUCGUCGUGAAAACGGCGGUGAACGUGAUCUGCUCCUCCACGGACUACAAAGAAACCUGCGUCGCGAGCCUCGAGACCGUUCGAUCGCCCGAUCCGCGGAACCUGAUCAAAUCGGCGUUCGAAUUCGCGAUCAAAUCGAUCCAGAAGGGGAUCAAUCAGGCGGCGAUCGAUCUCCGGAUGAGGGCGAAAUCGGAUCGGCGCACGAGAGAGGCGCUGGAGAAUUGCGUGGAGCUGAUGGAGAAUUCGGUGGAGGAUCUGAGGAAAUCGAACGAGAAAUUCGCGGGAUUCGCCUUCACGAGACUGCGAGAUAUCGCGGAAGAUCUGGGCGUAUGGCUGAGCGGUGCGAUCACGUACCAGCAGACGUGUAUUGACGGGUUCGAAGGGAUCGAUAGCGACGCGGCCGAGAUCAUGGAACGGAUCUUCAAGACGGCGCAGCAGCUCACGAGCAACGGACUGGCCAUCGCCACUAAUCUCGACAAUUUGCUCAAGUUUUUCCACAUUCCCAUCCCUUUUCUCACGACGUCGAGAGACAGCACCGACGAAGACAGCAUCGAACCGGUCGGACGACAACUAACGGAGUUCCCGGAUUGGGUGACGGGCCAUUCCCGAAGGCUACUGGCGGAGAAGGGGGGAAGGAUAAGGGCAAACGCGGUGGUGGCUAAGGACGGGAGCGGACAGUACAGGACGAUAACCGAGGCAUUGGCCGCCGUCCCAAAGAAUAACGAGAGAAGGUUCGUUAUUUACAUAAAGAGUGGCGUUUACGCCGAGAAUGUUGAACUCACCAAGAAGAUGACUCACGUCAUGUUCAUCGGAGACGGUCCUACUAAGACAAUUGUCACCGGAAAUCUCAGCUUCCACCCCAACCGUAUCAGCACCUAUCGCACCUCCACCGUUGCUGUGAACGGAGACUGGUUCAUGGCGAAGGACAUGGCGUUCGAGAACACAGCAGGGCCGGAGGGGCACCAGGCCGUAGCCCUGCGAGUGUCGGCAGAUUACGCGGUGUUCUACAACUGCAGGAUGGACGGAUACCAGGACACGCUUUACGUCCACACCCACCGCCAGUUCUACCGCGACUGCCGCAUCUCAGGCACCAUCGAUUUCGUCUUUGGCGACGCCAAGGCCGUCUUCCAGAACUGCCAGUUCGUGGUCCGACGUCCCAUGGAGAAUCAACAGUGCAUCGUCACGGCUCAAGGCCGUAAAGACCGCCGUGAAACCACCGGAAUCGUCAUCCACAAGUCCCGCAUCAUGGGUGAUCCCACAUACCUUCCUGUUAAGACCAAGAACAGGGCGUAUUUGGGAAGACCGUGGAAAGAAUAUUCGAGGACAGUGAUAAUGAACUCGUUGAUAGACGACAUAAUAGACCCAGAAGGAUGGAUGAAGUGGAACGAGACGUUCGCAUUGGACACUCUAUACUACGCAGAGUAUCAGAAUACGGGUCCGGGUUCGGAUCAGGCCGGUCGGGUCAGGUGGAACGGCAUCCAACACCUCUCCGACUCGGCCGCCACUCAGUACACUCCCGACAAUUUCCUACGUGGCAACACUUGGAUUCCUAAGACGCGUGUCCCUUAUGCCGCCAAUUAGAUUUGGCCCAUUUGUCCUCUCAUCGUCCGUGUCUAUAACGUGACGUCUCUUACCGUUUGUGUGAGUGUAUAUCAAUCCGGGGAAUUGAAGGAUUUGUAUGUAUCAUUUUCUGUUUUUUUUUUACGUGAGGAGAUUUGUUUAUAUCGACAAUUUAACGAUUUUGUAUUUGUUAUUUUAUGAGACAAUGAUUUUUA